AUGACAGCUAGUGGUAACGCAACGGCCAUGGAAGGCGUAUUACUUCUACAGGUAGGGGCUCUCAUUUUUAGGCAAAAAAGGAUACAGGAAAGACAGAUUUCACGUGCGGAUUUCCGGAAAAUAAAAUUAUCUCGUGGCGUCUAGAAAAUGUGUCAUGUAAACAUAGGCGAAUAGGUUUAGAAAGUAGCAGAUUAUCUGCAGAUUUGUUUGUAGAUCGAGUAUAUUUUUCGUAAUGUAAAUUAGCAUUUUAGAUCCGCCAAGAAGCUUGGAUUCCAGCUGUCAUCAUGACGGAUUUUCUGGAAACUGCGAAAAAACUAAAAUUUCGUCUGAUCAAAGUAUUUUACAAAGAACGACGACCACCUUAUGAUACAAAUUCGUGGGCUGCAUCUUCAAGAAGCAGCUUAACGCCAUGCCACCACUUCUGCGACUAAAUUCACGGCAUUUGAGUAAGUUAUAUUAUUUUAGUUGCUUGAUUUUUAGAUUUUUGCCGUUUUCAGACCGUUCUUGCCCGAUAUUCGGAGCUGGUCAAAGCCGGGACACUAAAUGAAGACAAGUAUCAGUUAAAUGUGGUGAAAGAAUUGGACAGACUUUGUGAUGAUCUCAAGGAUUAUGAACCACAGCCGGCGCAGACGAUCGAAACGGCUGGAUUCUUUUCAAAAAUUUCGUUGUUCAAGGAAAAGACCCCAGAGAUUGUACAUAAAGUCCCGAAAGGACUGUAUAUUUAUGGAGCAGUCGGUAAGUCCUUCAUUCAUUCAUUGUACACCUUAUACUUGACAAUAAGGUCAAAAUCUUCAACUUUUAGAUUUAUUUGCUUUCAGGUGGCGGAAAAACAAUGCUAAUGGACAUGUUCUUUGACAAGGCGCCUCUGAAGCGAAAAGAACGAGUGCAUUUCCACGCAUUUAUGCGGGAUUUCCAUUUUCGUAUGUUGUAUUUGAUGUUUUGAGUGUUUUGUCUUUAGAACUCCACCAGUUGAAGAUGCAGGGUCCUGAGAGGCAACGAGGAGAGAGACCUAAUCAUGAUCAUGUCCCUGAGAUUGCCAAAUCCAUUGCGGAACGGAGUGUUCUCCUCUGUUUCGACGAAUUCCAGGUUACAGACAUAGCUGAUGCCAUGAUUCUGAAGCGUUUGUUCAGCCAGCUCUUCGACUUGGGACUUAUCGCUGUUUGCACUUCCAAUAGAAAGCCCGAUGAUCUGUACAAAAAUGGCCUUCAACGGCAUCAAUUUGUUCCGUUUAUUGAGUUAUUGAAAGAAAAGAGUGUUGAGGUACCUCUGGAAUCGGGAAAGGAUUACAGAAUCGGUGGAAAGAAGUCGAAUCAAUCCUAUUUCAUCCAAGGAAAAGAGGACCAGCAUCUGGAGAACAUGUUUAAACGUCUCAUAGCACAAGAAACGGACACGGUUCGGCCGAGAACAUUGAACAUCCUGGGAAGGGAGAUCCAUUUAUCGAAAUGUUGCGGCAGAGUCGCAUUUCUCGAAUUUCAAGAGGUAAACUUGACUUUAUGUUGUUGGAAUAGGUAGUAUUUCUUGGAAGGGGCAUACCGAAAGCAAUUAGAAAGAAUAUUUUGCUUUCAGUUAUGCGAUAAACCACUUGGAGCAACGGAUUAUCUCGCCAUUGCCCGAGUCUUUCAUACCGUCCUCAUAAAAGAUGUCCCAGUCUUCACGAGGCAGAAUCUCAGUGCGUCUAGACGAUUCAUCACACUGAUUGACACGUUAUACGAUUUGAGAGUAAGUUCGAUUCAUCGCACAGUGCGAUCGAUUUUCAGUUUUUGGUCAAUGCACGGUGCAGAGGGCUUUUUGGGGAUUUUAUUGGCCGUCGGGCAGCCCAGUAGGAGACUGAAAUUAUCUUAUGAGAUUUUUUGCACAGUAAUUCUUUCUUUUUCCCGCACUGUGCAAUCCAUUUUCAAAAUUCUCGCACUGUGCGAUCAAUUUUUCGUUUUUGAUGAUUGCACUGUUCAGAGAGCUUUUUGGUUCUUUUAUUGGCCGUCGGGCAGCCCAGUAGGAGACUGAAAUUAUCUUAUGAGAUUUUUUAUACAGUAAUUCUUUCUUUUUCCCGCACUGUGCAAUCCAUUUUCAAAAUUCUCGCACAGUGCAACGAUUUUUGUUUUUUUUUUGAUUUCACGAUUCAAUCGAAUAUCUGACGAUUUGUUAUGGCUGGCUACUCUUCAUUGGGAUAUUUUUAUCAGCCGUUUUUCCAUUUCGUACCUACAUUUCAUUCACCUCCGCACUGUGCAGUUAUUUUUUAAAAUUUUUCCGCACAGUGCAACACAUAUUCAGUCAUUUUUAAAUUGCAGACCCGGAUAGCCCUCUCGGCAGCCGCUCCCCUCCAACAACUCUUCCAAAUCGACUCUGAUCAGCCCGUGGAACUCAGCGACUCCCAACGAAUCCUCAUGGACGACCUCAAAGUCAAAGAAGGCGAAGAUGGAGCUGCCGCCAAUGUUUUCAGCGGCCAAGAAGAAGUGUUUGCGUUCAAACGGACCCUGUCCAGACUACAGGAAAUGCAAACAGACGCAUAUUGGACUAGAUGA